AAUAAAUCUGCAAUUUUCGUCGUCGGCCUCCAGUCGGAAUGCAACCCAAAGACGGAAAAACCUUUCACAGUUCCCGGCAGCAGGCAGACAUAAACAAGAAGACUGUAGCCAGCAACCUGACAGAAUUAGUCGGCACGACUAUUACAUUGCUUUCUCUCUUCCAGCGCUUCGUCAAUUUCACCGUGGGAAUAUUUUGCCCCCUUCUGCUCAAAACUGACCUGGACAACAAUUACAAAGUUUACCACCCGACACUCUACUCCUCGGACGACGAAGACGAAGAGGAUCGUUUGAACUCACUUCACCGCAAGAGUUUCGCCGACCGGGGCUCAGUAAGAAACUUUCACGACUUUCACUCCUCUUCGGCAGCCUUACAAAUCCAGGAUGGAGUUUUAUCCCUGAAAAAGUUGGCGAGGUCGUGGGGACUGACACAGAUCGACCUGAGAGCCUACGAACAAGGAGGUGACUUCUAUGACGACGGAGACAUCAUGACGCUACCGGUGGGAGGAACAAUUUCCGUGACUAGGAUAGCACUCUUCUCACGCUUUCUCCUCUUGGGGAUUGAGAUAUUGACCAACAAUUUUUUGGGGAAGCAUAAUAAUGAUGGGUUUCGAUUUGUACCUGAGAAAGGAUAUGGAGAAAAGUGGCUGGAUCCAGUGGUGAAUGCGACUCUUAGAGGAUUUGCGAACUGGGAUGGGCAAUACUUUCUUCACAUUGCAGUCAAAGGAUAUACAACAGAGAAUAUACUGGCAUUCUUUCCAUUAUUUCCAAUGAUGAUAUCCUUUGCAUCCCAAUUGUUUCACGUUAUUCUUGGAAGUUAUAUUUCUUUGAGUUCUCUAGUCUUAAUCGUGUCCUGGAUUUUUAACGCGACACUAUUUACUAAAUCGGCAAAUCUACUGCACGAUUUGGCCCAGGUUUCGGGUACCUUUCCGGAUCCAACUCCAGUGAUAUUACUAUUCUGCUUCAACCCUGCAAGUAUUUUCUUUUCCAGCUUGUACACUGAGAGCUUGUUUAUGUACUUGACUCUAAAAGAGCUCAUGUCGUUAUAUUAUGGGAAACCAUAUAAAGCAUUAAUGUGGGCAUCGCUUAGUACACUAUGUCGUUCGAACGGAAUCUUAAACUUUGGAUUUGUUGCGGCGUACUUCCUGCAAGAAGCGUGGACGACAACUAAUAGAGAAAGGCGCAAUCCGUUUUUCUGGUUGAUUACCAAAGCUUUGAUUUGUCUGAUUUUUUUGGCACCAUUUCUGGCCUUUCAGGUGUAUGCCCUGCUAAAGUUUUGUAACGAAUGGGACGGGGAAGUUCCUCUUUAUUGUCGAUAUGAAAUCCUGCCGUACUCUUAUAUUCAAAAUAAGUAUUGGAAUGUGGGUCCAUUUAAGUACUUUGAAUUUAAACAAAUUCCAAACUUUAUAUUAGCUGCACCAGUGUUAUAUCUACAAUUUAACACAAAUUGGAAAUCGUUCGUUCCACUGGUAAGCCAAAUGGAUAAAUACCUAUGUAAUGGUAUUUAUAUAAUACUGUUACUCAUAAAUAUAAAAUGUUUUCAGAUGGCCAAGCUAUUUGUAUAUCCAACCAAUGUAAAUCUCUGUGGAUUAUACAUUGCUGUUCAUGGAGUUUUUCUAGCAGUCUUUUGUUUUGUCUUUAUCCACGUUCAAGUAUCAACAAGAUUGAUUCUAUCAGCAUUCCCAUAUUUCUACUUAAAUAUCGCUAAAAGUUGUGGGAAUGAAAUUGUGGCAUUUCGCAGGGGAAUUAUUUCAUGGCCUAUUAGAUCUACUUUCACUCAACUCUGGUGCGUAUUAUACUUUGUGUUCGGCACGAUCGCAUUUUCUGCAGGAUUACCCUGGACAUGAAGGAUGCAUAAUAUUAAGUAUCAUGACUGAUUUUUAUUAUUUUGCAUGAAUAGUAAAAUUUAUAUUAAAUCGACAAUAAAUUAUUUUUGUAUCACGUAGGCAUUUAUUAGUAUUGUAAUAAUAAAAGUUAACAAAGUCCAAAAUAUCACUUA